AUGUCUGCUUUUGUUCCCGUUAACCCUAAACCUUUCCUUAACGACCUUACUGGUAAACCUGUUGCUGUCAAGUUGAAGUGGGGUGGUGAAUAUCAAGGCUAUCUUGUCUCUGUUGAUAACUAUAUGAACCUUCAGUUGGCCAAUACAGAAGAGUUUCAAAAUGGUGUUUCUGUUGGUACACUUGGCGAAGUCUUGAUUAGAUGCAACAAUGUCCUUUAUAUUCGUGGAGUAGAAACAGAUAGUGAUGUAAAGAUGGAAUAG